AUCGAAUUUAUUUAAUGUCGAAAUGGCUGCAAGUAAUCAAAUGUUGCAUAAAAUUGAAACUGAACUUGUCGACAUCCAAGAAGCGCUGAACAAAACAACAAACGCUGUGCAGCAAAUUGUGGCAGCCAUCGAAGAUUCCAAAGGCAAGCAAAACACAAUCGCCUCUGCAGCUGAAUUCGAUGGAGAAGUUCAGCAGGUGCUUCCAGAACUGCAGCAAAUUGAAGUUGAGCGCAAACAAAUUCUGGAACAAUUCCAUGAUAUACUUGAGAACAGCAAUGAUGUCCGAAUUGUACAAAUACUCAAGCAUAACUUGCAUCAAUUUGGCUGUCAACUGCGAGCAUCUUCCGAUGCGAACAAUAGGAUACUAUACAAAUUUGAUUUUGGCAGCAAACGUUGCAUAAUCGUCACAAUGAAUGCUUUACGGCUGGAACUCGUCCGUAUUUAUCCGGAGCAGCGCAAUUUCGCCAAACUCAAAGAACUCUUAGACGAAUCUCAGGAUCUAAUGGGUUUGCUGAACACCUUUGGAGAUAUGUAUAAAAAUGUUUAGUUGCCAUGCUUAUCAAUCCACUAAUAUACAUAUUACAUAUAAUCUAUAGAUUUUAU